AUGGAUGAAGAAGACGUUUGGGGGGAUUUAUCUAAUAUACCCGCCGAUCCACCUGUUAUGAGAGAUUUGUGUAUGAAAUGCAAAAGACCUUCAGUAGUGUGUUGGUGCAAAGGUCUGCCACCAGAGAGGCUCGUUCCUCGAAGCACUGUCAUCCUAUUACAACAUCCUGGUGAAGAAAAGAGAUGUCUCCGUACAGCUCCUAUGUUGCAACUUGGCUUAGUCGAAAAUAAGUGUCUCAUCUACAAAGGGAAGAAAUUUCCUCAACCUAGACACGAGAACCUAGAAAACAUAUUAACUCAACCAAAUACAAUACUAUUGUAUCCCAGUAAAGCUGCUAUCAAUAUUCAGGAACUCGACAAAGACAUGUCAUCCUACAACUUGGUGAUAAUUGAUGGCACCUGGCCCCAAGCCAAAGCCAUAUAUGCAUCUAGUCCAAUUUUACAUAAUAUAAAACAAGUUAAACUUAUCACCACAAAUACUAGCAACUAUAUUAUAAGGACACAACCAACGGAGGGUUGUUUGAGCACCUUGGAAACAGCUGCCGAGGCUUUGUCGCAACUCGAAAAUAACCCACUAUAUAGGGAACAGUUGAAUGGACCUCUGCAUAUGCUCUGCAAAUAUCAACUGGACAAUGGAGCGGUCACACAUCAGUCCAAGGAGUUCUUAUUAAAAACUAAAACAUAUCCAAAAUUGAUUGGCAAAAGAUUGUCGAAAUUACUAAGGUCUACAAAUGAUUUUGGCUCAAAUUAA